UGCUUUUUGUGAACUUCAGCAAAGAGCUUGAUUCUUUCCAGCAAAUUUAUAAGGAUGUUGCUGUGCUCUACAAAAAGAAGAGUAUAAGUUUUCUGCUGGGGGAUCUUGAAGCCAGUGAAGGUGCCUUCCAGUACUUUGGGCUUACAGUUGAUCAGGCACCUCUUCUUAUUACAGAGACAACGUAUGGUCAGAAAUAUCUCAAGGCAAACAUAGAACCUGAUCAGAUUGUACCAUGGCUAAAAGAUUAAAUGGAUGGCCAAGUAAAGCCAUUCCUAAGAUCAGAGCCGAUUCCCGAAGUUAACAACGAACCUGUCAAGGUGGUAGUGACUGACAGCCUUCAGGACAUGGUUUUUAACUAUGGAAAUAAUGUUAUGCUAGAAUUCUUUGCACCUUGGUGUGGACAUUGCAAGCAGUUGGCUCCAAUUUUGGAAGAAGUUGCCAUCUCAUUUGAAAAUGAUGCUGAUGUUUUGAUUGCGAAACUGGAUGCAACAGUAAACGAUGUCCCAGUUGACACAUUUGAUGUUCAAGGAUACCCUACUUUGUACUUCAGAUCUGCUAGUGGUAACUUGUUGUCUUAUGAAGGGGAUAGAACAAAGAAUGACAUCAUAGACUUUAUUCAGAAGAAUCGGGAUAAGCCUGCCCAAGCUGACUUGGCCAAACCAGAAUCUGAAAAGUCGGAAGCAGUAAAAGAAGAUCCCGCUAAGGAUGAACUAUGAUGAGGCUUUGCUUGAAUGCUUCCCAUGGGAACUCCGAUGAGCUUUCUACAUGGUGUAGCAAAUUUAAGUUUUGUAAGCAAGUUUUUGUCUGUAUGUUUGU